AUGAAUAUAGGCCUCCAGCCACUGAAUCUGCAGCAACAACAAAAGGUGCACACACCGACAACAUUAAGCAUGAAGCAGCAGCAGCAGCAGCAGCAGCAACAGCAGCAGCAGCAACAGCAACAGCAUCAACAGCAACAGCAGCAGCAACAGCAGCAGCAACAGCAGCAACAGCAGCAGCAACAGCAGCAGCAACAGCAGCAGCAACAGCAGCAGCAGGCGACUGCAACACCACCAGCACGACGUGAAGAACAACCACCCCCACACGCAGCAGCAGCACGAGCAACAGCAGCAGCAGCACGAGCAGCAGGAGCAGCAGCUAUACAAGCAGCAACAGCAGCUACAGCAGCUACACGAGCAGUAGCAGCAACGCAUGUAGCACAAUACAGCACCAGCAUCAGCACCAACAGCAGCAGGACUGCCAGCAGCAGCAGCAGCAGCAGCAGCAGCAAUACCAGACCAGCAACAGCAGCAGCACCAGCCCCAACAGCAGCAGCAGCACGAGCAGCAACAGCAGCAGCAACAACAACAGCACUAGCAACAACAGCAGCACCACUAACUGCAGCAGCAGCAGCAGCAGCAGCAGCAGCAGGAGGGAUACCUAAGCUGUGUGUUCGUGGCGCUCAGAGACUAAUUAAAAUGUAG